UAAAGUCCAUCUUCCUGUGUCAGUGGUGAUCUCUGUAUACAGGGUUAUCUCCCGAUAAAUUGGGAUGAAACAAAGUCCAUAGUUUGUUGACAGAACAAGUUUGAAGUACUAAAUUUUUGCUCAACUUCUCUGGCCUCAUUUCUUUCCUUCUAUGAGCGAAUGCCAUGGAUCAAGAAAGAAAGCAACUCAAGGGAGAGGAUAGCUUUUCAAAGUUCGUCCGAUUCAUAUUUUGCGCGGCAGUGGUCGUCUUCGUUUUCUCGUGCUUGGCUUUCUUAGUUUUGGAGCACGUUCAAAUGAAACAGAGAUUAGCUUCGAUCGAAGAGAAGAUGGUCACGGAUGAGACAAUGAAGAAGUUCUGUGCCACAAGUCGAAUGCAGAGUGACACAGAUGAAAGGGCUCAUGUUAAAACUUUGCUUAUAAGGAAAAGGAGAUCGUUGGCCUUGAGUCUAGAGAGUCUCGAGAAAAGAUUGAAAAUUCUAGAAUUCAGGGCAAUCAAGGAAAACAAGUCUUCUCCCAGGGACUUGUUUCGGACACCGGAAGUACUGCGAGGACGAGAUGGUCGGGACGGCAGGGAUGGUCCCGCGGGCCCUCCUGGACCACCAGGGACACCAGGGCAACCAGGGACACCAGGAGUACCAGGUUUUAGUGGUAAUAAAGGCGGAACACAAGGCCCACCGGGACCAAAAGGAGAUCCUGGAACUCAAGGACAAAAGGGAAAAGAAGGCCAGGGGCUGUCUGGAGUCAGUUACGUGCGCUGGGGUCGGACAAGGUGUGAUGGAGAUGCUCAAGUUGUUUACACAGGAUUCAUUGGAAGCGAACAUUAUGCUCACAAGGGUGGCGGUGGAAAAUACCUGUGUUUACCUAACCACCCAAAGUACGAUAAGUAUAGUGACAGCUGGCAGAAUUCAGCCUACAUCUAUGGAACUGAGUAUGAAGUGAGUUCCUUUAAUCCGUUUACAAAUAACGUACAUGACCAUGAUGCACCAUGCGCCGUGUGCUACGUCGGAUCGCGUGGUUCGCAACUGAUGAUGCCCGCGAGGAACGAUUGUCCAACCGGUUGGGCUAAAGAGUAUCAUGGCUAUUUGAUGACUGGACAUUACAAUCACAAGAUAUCUCGAGAUUUUAUCUGUGUUGAUAGGGAGGCUGAGUAUGUUCCAGGCUCCCAAUCUAAUCAAGAUGGUACGUUGCUGUAUCUUGUGGAAGGGGUUUGCGGCUCGUUACCAUGCCUCCCUUACAUUCGUGGUAGAGAGCUGACAUGCGCAGUGUGUACCAAGUAACGGAUUCAGAUCUCACCGUUUCGCUUUUCCGUAAUACUUCGUCUGUUAUUAUAGUAUACCAGAGGCAAUGGGGAGAAUCUAUCCACCUUGAAAAGGACAAAAGACUAAAAUGAUGCUAAAAACAAGCUAUUUUUCGAUUUCCAAGGGGACACGCCAGGGUCUGAGUUAAUUUUUCAGUAAUCGUGUUACGGAAGUAAUAAAUUUUAUCACACUUUUGAGCUGUAGUAAUUCACCUCAACGCGACCACAGUUUAUCAACAAAACUACAUAUAAUAGCAUGGUGUGAAUGUCAAGCGAUGAAUCAGAAUAAAUAGUGGUUCUAUCCCAUCAGUAAGAGA